GGCCUGCAUGAAUACACCCACUCACCGCCUUCUCCUUUCCAUUCUACCACACCUCAUCAUAGCAUAUACCCACACCAAAACCCAACACCGCGACCUAGGAGGAGAAAGAAGUCAGCGGUCAUGCCCGGUCGCAAUAGAGCGUCGGCUGCUGAGGCCAUCCUCCAGAAACAGCGAGACUUGGUCCGGCAGUACGUCGAGCAUCGAGCUGAUGUGGAUGAGGUUCAGCAGAGAGCCAUUGAUGAGCUUUUGCCCGAAUUGGUCGAGGAGCAUAGCGGAGGAGAGGGAGGGGGAGAUGAGGACGAUAUCGAGGAUCGUGUGCGCACCUUCUUGGAGGAUCGAGCAACCAUCUUCCGCUUCCUUCGACGCUCCCGUUUCUCUCACCAAACCUGCCUCUCCCUCCUCUCUGCCACCCUGACCUGGCGGCUUCGCACUGACCUGGAUCAACUCUCUCUCUCCUCUUUGCACCCGCUCUACACCUCUCCACCUGGUGGGCGACCCCCUUUGUUCUGGAUGGGCGACCAUCGAUUCACGGACGCGUACGGUCGACCUGCUGGGGUAAUAUCGCUACAGAGUUUGGAGAGGACGGAGGAGAGAACGCUGGAUGAGUGCAAGGAGUACAUUGUUGCCUGCAUGGAGAUUGUUAGGCGACGGAUAGCCCAACAGCGCGAGGAGUGGGCAGAGAGGCAUCACGGCGACGACGGCGGCGGCGGCGGCGAUGAAGACAACGAUAAUGGCGACGACAAGGGGGACCCUCCCUCCCUCCUCGCGAAGUCUCACGGCCCCCUCCAAACGAUUAUAUCCAUCGACCUUCGUCACUCCUCCAUGGCCAACCUAGAAAUGGAGCUCCUCCCUUUCCUCCUCGACCUACUCAAAAACCACUACCCAUCGAUGGUAGGAGCAGUCCUUGUCCUCAACUACGGCUGGGUGCACGCGGGCAUGUGGGGUCUAGCCAAACGCAUCCUCCCAGCUCAGGCGUUGGCCAAGAUCUUCUUUCCGAGUACAGAGGAGCUAUGUGGUAGCGAGGAGAGGGAGGGCGGGAAGGGGGAGGCGGGCCACUUCAAGAGGGAAAAGGUACCCCGUUCCUUCGGUGGAGGGUGGGAGGUACAGAUCAACGAGGGGACCAACGAAGUGAUGCGACGAUUGGGCAGGCCUGCCAAACUGAGGGGCGGGAGCGCCCCGACCAGCCCGAGAGGUUCGGCACCUGGCUCCCCAGUCGCGGCUCGUAAAGGAGGAGGGGCAACCCUCUCUCGCACUGCUUCGUGGGAGAGCAUGGCAGAUGCGUACUUCACGCCGAGGAGUAUCAGCUACGAGGCUUUCACGCCUAGCAGGCGAUCAGGGGCUAACACGCCCAAUCACAAGGCAGGAGGAGGAGGAAACGCAGCAGGAGGGGAGACGAGCGCCUACGGGUUACAGAUGACGGCCAAUGCUGCUCGCAAGUUGAGGGAGUUGGGCAUGACACGAGGCGUAGCCAGUCAUGAUGGAUCACACCGUCAUGCCGCGUGGGGGAGAGGGGGAGGGCAAUCACGCUCACGGGUGGACAGUGGUGCGAGCAAUGCGAGCGCUGCAAGUGGUGCGAGCGAAGCAUCAACCGUCCGCGCUCGGGAUCGGGAUCGGGAUCAUCCUGACUCUCACACGGCGGCGUCAACCUCGACCUCAACCUCAAAUUCCACUGCACCCUCGACAUUUCGUCGCACCCGCAGCUUUCGGGACUUCCACCUUGAUCUCGACGAGGACCUCUCUGCCCAUCAGACGCAGAUGCAAGCGCAGGCGCAGGCGCGGCUACCUUACGCCGACUCGGAGGACUUGGAGGAGGACACGGAUAGUGGUAGUGGGAGUGAUAGUGCCAAGAGUGGCAAGGCGGGAGAGACGAGACAGGGUGCUCCGACUGCUGGUGUUGGUGGUGGUGGGAGGUUGGGAUUCUUGAGGAGAUGGAGCAGGAGGGGUAGAGGAAGAGCAACGAGCGCGGAUGGGUCUGCUGUGGAGGAGCAGCGAGAGAAGCACGGCCACAGCGACCAGAUGGGAUUACACGACGAUGAAGGGGACGGGGACGAGCAGGAUGAUGUUCAUGGCCCAUCAUCCUCGCCAUCCUCGCCACAAGCACACAGCUCCAUCUCCCUGCACCGAUCGCGCAAGUACUCUCGCAUCCCAGGCGCAGUCUCUCCGUACAAUUCCUCCAACCCUUUCUGGGGAUAUCCGGCUUACAUCGUUCCCAGCGCUGCGCCUAGUAGUGCAAAUCUUGCGGGCCUCGCCUCCACCACCUCUCUCUCCACUGCGGGUGGUGCUGCGCCUCGCAAGCCGACGACGAGAGGGAAAGGCGGCCGCGCGUACGCCGUAGAUGGGACGGCCGGACGACAGCGACAGAUGACUGUUCGACGACGAUGGCGCGAUCUGUUUAGGACGUUGAGCUACCUCUUUGUGCUGAGGGUCCUCGCGUGGAAUCGACAGCUUAGGUGGGAGGUGGCGCGCUUCUUGCGGGUCGUGGUCAGCCCGAUUCGCGUCGUCGGCGGGUUGGUGCUACCCGCUGGGAGGGGAGGUGCUGCUGAUCGAGAGGGGGCGCGGGGUAGGGAUGGUGAGCGUGAUGGGGAUGCGGGCCAGGAGAAGGAGGACGACGGGGAGCGCAAGUGGCGUGAAGCGACGGAACGUCAUCGUCGCCUACGAGCUGCGGCUGGCGGGCGGAUGUCGGGAGCAACAGCAACAGCAAGAGCAACAGGAGGGCAAGGGGCGACACAAUUCCCACAGGGCUACGGUCACAUCUCCUCCUCCUCCCCGCUCCUCAUAUUGGCCAUCUUCCUCAGCGCUCUAUACCUUGCCAGUAGGAGGCGGGGGCAUGGCCAAGGGCAAGGGAGCAAAAGAGGUACCCUGGGACUGCGCAAUACCGUGAGAGGAUUCAUCGCGGGCCGCAGCGCGAGUGCGAGUGCAUAGAAAUAGAUUCGUCGCAUACCCAGCUCAGGUCCAUUUCAUGUCCGGACCCUUAUCGUGUCGUGUCGUG